AUGUUUAACACCAGCUUCGGCGUAGCAAAUGUUCCCAAAUAUGUAUUCGAGGGGCUCGUCGCAGACCCAACUACAAAAUCUGCAUUUGGACAUGUCGGAAUCGCAGUCGGCAAUCUUGUAAACGGCGUCCUGAACAGCACCGAGGUUGCCGGCCAAACCCUACCCGCCAUUGUCGACCGUUUCACAACAAAACUCAAAAUCGUGGCUGAAACUAUCGAAAAAAUUCCUGUUAAUGACCUGGAGCAAUAUGGAUUCGCGUCCCCUGUCGAAGCCAAAGCUGCUGUUUCAACUCUCAUGGAAUAUAGAGGUUACGUCUUCGAACUGCCCCAAACCCCCGUUCUCCGGGUUUUUAAAAACAUACCGGUCCCAAUCCCGCAAGACUUCUGGAAUCCGAACGAUAAAACCCCAGAAAAAUAUAGCAUUGAAAAACCAGCACAACUAUACCCAAUGCUAGAAAAGAUGGCAAAGUAUUUCGAGAACGCGGGUAUAGAGUAUGAUAACUACAGAGCGGUCAUGCAGUGGAUUUUUGCGGGGAGGUACGACGCUACGAAUGACACCGAGGAUUUGGAUUUGGAUUUCUACGACCAGUUUGUAGAUGGGGUGACGGCACUGAAUAGUAAUGCUCGUGAUGUAUUGGAGGAGUAUGUGGGCGUAUGGGUUCAGAUCAGUUCGCGGUUUACUCUCGGAGGGGGGUUGGAUUCUUCGUUUUAUGAGGACCAGAGGGAUUUGCAGGCGUAUUUGGAGAAUAGAUGGACGGAGUUAAAGGCUCUUAUGACUGAGUUUUGGAGGGCUAGUGGGUUUAUUAGUAUGGUUAGGAUCUAUGAGCCGUAUGUGGAGCCGCCACCGAAGGAGAAGAAGAAGAAGAAGAAGGGAAAGGAAUAUUAA